AUUAUCAUUCAACAAGCGACAGACAGCGAGUUAAACAGAAAACGUGUAAUUAUCUUCACAACUUCAAACGGCAAUAAUGUCUUGGUCAAUUGUGCCAUUGUUAACGCGGGACCUCGACUACUUUGAUCGUCAGAGGGACCUGUAUUCCAAGUGGAUGCAUUUGUUUGAUGAUGAUUGGAGGGCCAUGCGAUUCGACGAUUCCGUGAGCCGAUUUGACCGCGAAUUGGACCGCUUCCGCCGUGAGAUGCAUGACCUAGACGCUGAAGUUCCGGAGCUCCAGGUCGCACAACCGUUCGUUACGGACCCCGAAGGCAACCGGAAGUUGUCGCUCCGUUUCAACUGCGACAAGUUCAAACCGGAAGAAAUUACAGUGAAGACCACCGGAAACGUCUUGAAUGUGCACGCGAAGCACGAGGAGGACCGCCCGGGCAAGAAAGUUCACAUGGAGUUUACACGCAACUACACUCUACCGAAAAACGUUGAUCCAAAUAGCCUCAAAUCCACCCUCUCCAAGGACGGGGUGCUGCAAAUUGAGGCCCCGGCGCCACCUGCGGUUGAGGCCCCGAAAGAGAACCUCAUUCCAAUCGAGAGGUUGUAAAACACCCAUUUUUCUGUGUCGGAAGAGUUCGGUGGACGAUUAACAUUCCUUUAACUGGGAUCAUGAACCAUCACUUCACACGAUGGUAUGUGUGAUAACGUAUUUGAUUUGUUGUCAAUUUAGUAAAAAAACUACAAAUUUCAUUGUAUCUAUGUUAAUUCAGCUUACUAUUAGUUAAUUUCGCUGAUUCAUUACUUUGUUUAUCGUCAUUCAGAUGAUAGAGUAUGUCAGUAUUAGUUUGCCUUGUUAAUAAAUGAACCUUUGAAAAAUA